GGGUGUGUGAAAUUAUUGGCAGCGUUUCAGGUGACUCCAGGAGACACCUAAAUUGGGACUUGCCAGUGUGUUUGGGGGAGUGUGUGUGUAUAUGUGCAUACAUCCGUACGUGUGUGUGUGUACGAGUGUGCGUGUGUGGAGCAGCCAACACACACUUACAUUCGCUCACAACAUGGCGAUGAAAGGCCGAGAGACACGACGGCUCUCUCCCCACUAAAUGCAACCAUGUUCUGAGUGAAAGCAGGGUACUAUGCCGAAGGGAAAUACAUUAACUAAUAGCCAACUAAUAGUCUAUUUCAGAGAGGAUCUAAUUGCGGAUUCCAUGAUAUGCAUGCUGAUCGCGGUAUAGCUGGCUGUAGAGACCCGCACGCUGCUUUACCCCUCUGCUGGAAAUCAAUGCUUUACAUGGCGGUGGAGACUAUCUGGUUUUUCUAUCUACUUUCGUUGGGCUUCUGUGGACCAUCCGUUCAAGAGAAGCCUGUGACAGUGGAGCUGAGCUGUGGGGCGGGGCCUGUCCUCGUGGUGCUGGAGCCGGGACAGCCCCUGCUGCUGGACUGUCACCUGGGGGCCACGCCCCUGGCCACGCCCCUCAACGUCACCUGGCUGCAGGAUGGGCUCCCCGUGCUGGAGGGGGAGGGGAACUCCCUCAGGACCCUUGCCAACGGAUCACUGCUGGUGCUUCCCACCUCUGUGGAUGGUCGGACACCUCAAGGGGUGGAGGGGGGCUACAGCUGUGUGAGCGCCGGCCCCUUUGGAGCUCUGACCAGCCGCACCAUUGCUGUUCACCUGGCCACGCUGUCUCGUUUCCAUCAGGACCCAGAGGCCCAGGUGGUGCCCCUUGGGGGUGCUUCCCGCUUUGAGUGCCAGAUAGACGGAGUGCCCACUCCAAGGAUAACCUGGGAGAGGGACCAGGAACCCAUCCCAAGCCAGCCUAGGUUCAUCUCUCUCCCUAACGGUGUGCUCCAGAUCUUGGGGGCGGUUAAGGAGGAUGGGGGUGCGUACCGCUGUGUGGCCUCCAACUUUGCCCGGAAACGCUUCAGCCAGGAUGCCAUCCUCACUGUCACUACGGGUCCUGGCCCUGCCCAAAGUGAGGUAGUGAUUGUGGCACCUCCUCAAAAUGCCACAGUGGUGCAAGGGCGUCCAGCAGUGAUGGAGUGCAUGGCCCAGGGGGGGCAGCCCAAGCCCCUGGUGUCAUGGAGCAGACAGGACGGGAAGCCCAUCGCCACCGACGUGGUUGUCCUGGAAACCAACCUGGUGAUCCCCAACACACGGCGUUACCAUGCCGGCGUCUACGUCUGCCGUGCCAACAAACCCAAGACCCGCGAGUUUGUCAUCGCUGCGGCUGAACUGCAUGUGCCAGCCCCACCAGUGAUCCUCCAGCCCCCAGAGACGGUGUCUCUCUCUCGGGGAAACACAGCCAGGUUUGUGUGUAACAGCUCUGGGGAGCCUCCCCCGGCGCUGCACUGGCUGAAGAAUGGCAAGCCGGUCAAGUCUAACGGACGGGUGAAGACCCAGAGCCCUGGGGUGCUGCUCAUCAACCAGCUGGGCCUGGAUGACGCAGGGUACUACCAAUGCAUCGCUGACAACGCUCUGGGGACGGCCUGUGCCACAGCCAAGCUGUCUGUCAUUGUGCGAGAGGGUCUACCCAGCCCGCCACACCAGCUCUCUGCCACGCCCCAAUCAAGCACCACCGCCCUCCUCACCUGGGAACGGCCCGAACACAACAGUGACCAGAUUAUAGGCUUCUCUGUGCACUACCAGCCCACUUCAGGCUCUGAUCACAUGGAAUACCAGUUUGCUGUGAACAACGAUACCACAGAGUACCAUGUGAAGGAGCUACUGCCACACACAGCCUAUACCUUCUACGUGGUGGCCUACUCCCCCAUGGGAGCCAGCCGCCCGUCACGGCCCGUCACCGUGGAGAUGCUGGAGGACGUACCAAGUGCCCCUCCACAGCUGUCCCUGCUCAGCACCUCUCCUACAGACAUCAGAGUGAUGUGGCUGCCCCUGUCCUCCCAGCACAGCAGAGGAGCUGUCACCCGCUACCGCAUCGACUACUCCACACUGGAACAAGUGGACAACAUGUUUUCUGUGGAGGUGGCGGGGAAUGAGACUCAGCUUACCUUGCGGGAGCUGCAGCCUAACCAGGCCUAUCGACUGCGGAUGGCGGCGGGAACAGCAGCAGGCUUUGGUGUGCCAUCUGAGUGGGCUCAGCACCACACCCCAACCCACUUUAACCACAGCAUGGUGAUCUUUGCUCCCACAGAGCUGAAGGUUAGGGCCAAAAUGAACUCCCUCCAUGUCACAUGGCAGCCCCCGCCCAAUCACACGCAGAUCUCUGGCUACAAGCUCUUUUGCAGGGAGGUGGUUGGUGAGGACCUGACCAAUGGGGAGGCUCAUCCUGAGAGGGAGCGGGUGAGGAGGAUGGAGGCCCACACCAUCAAGCUCCGCAAGAGGGUCAAACAUCAUGAGGUCUCUAGUCUGGUUCCUGACAGACUAUAUGAAGUGAAGGUGUGGGCCUUCAAUAAGCAGACGGAUGGCUAUGCUGCAGGAUGGAAGGGCAGGACGGAGAAGGCACAUGGCAAAGCGCCCCCUAAGGGGAACCCCCCUCCCCUGCCCCCCAGCAGCAUCAAGGCUACAGCCAACAGCUCCACAUCCAUCUGGCUGCGCUGGGAGAAACCUCGCUUCAGCAACGUCCGCAUCAUCAACUACACUGUACGCUGCAGCCCGGCGGGCAUCAGAAACGCAUCGCUGGUCUCCUACUACACCAGCUCUGCUCAGGAGAUCCUCUUGGGGGCGCUAAAACCCUACACCCGCUAUGAGCUGGCUGUGCAGUCCAUUGGAGGAGACGUGGUUGGUCCCUUCAGCAGCACUGUGGAGGAGUCCACUCUCACUGACAUACCCUCCACCCCCCCAGCGGAGCUGCAGCUCAGUGCCUUGGACUCCUCCUCUGUGUUGGUGAACUGGCGUCCGCCUGUGGAGCCCAAUGGCAUCGUCAUCAGCUACAGGAUCCUAUACACCAUCAACCUCAGCCAACCUGAGCAUCUGUGGAACAACCUCUCCCAAGAUGGGACCAUCAUGAGUGCUGAGGUAACAGGGCUGUCUAGUGGUACACAAUACUUCUUUAAGAUGAGGGCGUCCACUGAGGUGGGGGUGGGGCCUUAUUCCCCAGUGAAGGAUGUGCGCACUCCUCCCAGGAAAUAUGAGCUGGACAUCCAUGCAGUGACAGGCAUCAUAGUUGGUGUGUGUCUGGGGCUGCUCAGCAUUCUCCUUUGUAUGUGUGUCAGCUUCCGCAACGGCAAGGCCAGAGAGGUGUCUGGAGGGCUGGACUCCACAGCUUUACCUCCACAGUACCGCCGUGGGGGUAGGUCUGUGCCCACCAUGGCGCCAGAAUGCAGUGAUUGCCAUGAGCUAGAGACCCUGAUGCCCCUGGGCAGCCUGGACCAUGACCAUGGCCGCGCCCAACCCCUCACGGAGCCCACUGAGGAGCACAGCCUCAUGGGUAAUGUAGGAGUAGGGGACGAUGCCCUAGGAGCUGAGCUCAAGGCUGCUUGGAAUGGGUCAGUUAGUCGUAACUGGGCCAACCGGAUCACCAAAUACAGGGAUACCAUCACAGAGGACUCUCCAACGCUCAACAAUGGAACUUUGGACAUGGCCACCACAGAGAAUGGCAAGGGCGACCCUGAGGACCGACUGGGCUCCUCCCUGUGCAGCGGUAACCAGGUGGAGGCAGAGGUCAUAGUUCACUCUGAGUUGAACGACCUGGAGAAAGAGCGGCAGGAGGCGCGGAGUGACAAGGAUGAGGACUCUCAGGCCACCAGGGGGCCCUCAUUUUCCGAGGCAGCUUACUCCCCAGUCAGACAGCCUGCCCAGGCCCCUUUACACCCAAAGGAGCCAGUCAGACAGCCUGCCCAGGCACCACAAUAUCCAGGGGAGCCAGUCAGAGAGCCUGCCCAGGCACCACAACGUCCAUCACCAGGGGAGGAGUCCCUAGAGACACAACCCCUGCCCAAGGUCCCACCCGGCCCUGUCCUGGAGCCAGUGUUAAAUCACAAUGGGCAGCCAGAGGGCAUGGUUGGGGGCAUGGUGGGCGUGGCAGCCCAGCUGACUGUAGAUGUGGGGCGGCAUAUGGGAAUGGGGCUCACCAACGGCUUCCACUCCACCAAGCCCCUGCGGACAGGGCAGGAGACCCUGGGGAACGGGGACUCCAGACACUGCCCCCCUCUCCCGUCCCCCUCUCCUUUCGUCAGCACCGGCCUUGUCCACUCUAACUCUGCAGCGCACAGCUACCUUUGCCCUUAGCAAGAGGAGAAACAAACCCCCACACCAAGACCAGUUGGACUUCUUUCUUUUUCUCAUCCAUGAUGAAUCCAUUUUCUUUUUGUUUUUUUAAAGCACCUCAGUAUCUGAUUUUUUUCUUCUUGGCUCAGUUUUAUAGGUACUUUGAAUCCAUUGUUUUAUAUGUGUAUAUAUAUAUAUACAGUAUAUAUUUUUUAGUGCUAGUAUGUAUGGGUAUUCAUUUUGUUGCAUAGCAGCAGUAUGUUAGUCUGGCCUUACUCUGUACUUUGCUACAGGCUCCUGUUACAGACGUACGAUGACGGAAGCAUAAUGUAGAAAGGAGGAUAUUCCUUUUUUUAUAAGCCUUGACCUGGACUCUGAGAUUGAGCGUGGGCCGUGUGGUACUUCAAGACCUACCUUUGGUCAACUGAUGAUGGAGGAGAGGCUCUUGAUUCAGCACCAUGGAUGACGAUAGAGCAGAACCGUGACCUUGUGGCCCUUUCACUCUCACUCUGGCCUCUUUCCAAUGACUGAGCUGUUCCUAUUGGCUGUUCCACUGUAUGGAUGCUCCUGCUCCAGCACCAGGAAAGAAGCCUUAUAUUUAGACACUGAGAGUGCAGACCUCUUGUCUCUCUCUCUCCAACCUCCUGCUGUCUCAGGAUCCACACACAUUCCCUGACUGGGGGUCUCCCUGACUUGGGGGUCUCAGGUGCCUAAUAUUUUAGGUGCAUUUUUUAACCUCUGUAUAUUUAUAUAGAUGAUUAUAUUCAAUAAAAAUAGGACAAAUAUGUUGAAAAUGGAGAAAAAGGAAAAUAAAUGAGGCAAUUGAAGAAAAUUUGAAGGAACCGGAUACAAUACAGUACAUGUAGUUGAUAUAGGUUGCAUUAUUUUUUUUUUGGGGGGGGGGGGGACUAGAUGAGAUGUGUAGGUGUAUGACAAAAUAACACAACUUAUAGCAGCAGUCUCCUGGUUUUGCUCCCAGUCAACAGCACUACCUCAUUUCUUUACAGGACGGUUUGUUGGUGAUUUGAAUUGUGUCAUGCAGAUAGGUGCAACUUUUGGAAUCUGUUUUUUAACUGUUUGAAUUCAUAGCCUUCAAUACUUUCAGGAAUAACUUCUUGUCCUCUUCUUUCUAUAUACAUCAAUGUGUAUUGCCUACAGGAAAUGACACGUAUGGUACAUAACGGACUGUCUCAGAUCUCUGUUUAUUGCCCUUGACCUCAUUAUCGGUUGUCCCAUUAGAUCUGGGUUUCCAGCUGUCGUCACCCCCCUCAAUGUUACAUCUACUUUGGACGGGAGAAGAAAAACAUUUUUAAUUUACCAGUUACCUCAAAUCACUUUUCACCUUAGGUAAAUCAUGCAGCAGUUAAGUUACCAGGCCUGCUAUAUGGUAGCCUGUUACUAGACCUACUACAGAUGAACAAGCCUUGGGAGUUGUUGGGAGACCUCACCCUUUGUGAUUCCAUCUCACUCAUCCUUUCUCAGCUGUGUCUGAGCUCCUCCCUCUGCAGGUGAGAGGGGGGUGGAAAUAUCAUACAAAAAUAGACCUAGAAACCACUUCUAUUUUCAGCCAUAUUUACAUUCUUUCUUUGUACUUUUGACUCUCACCAGCCUGAGGUCUUUCACAAUAUCAUAUGUAAAGUCUACACCCCUUUGAACUUUUUGUCACAUAUUGUUGCGUUACAUUGUGGAAUUAAAUUGGAUUUAAUUGUCAUUUUUAUAUACUCUGUCAUUUUAAAGUGGAAGAAAAAUUACAUAUUUUUUAAAAGAUUAAUGAAAAAUAAACACUAAUAUACCUUGUUUAGGUAAGU